CGAGAACAUCAACCUCAACAUCUUCUAGAAUAGGCAUUAUGGUGCGAGUGAUACCUAUACCUUUCAGACAACGAACGAUUCAAACCUAGUUAACACGUAUGCUUUCAGUGUCUUGACCUCAUGCUCACUUGUCAUUUGUAUCAUCCACCAUGUCACGGAAUCCAUUUCCAAGAUCCUACAAAUACUUGAAUAUGGGCAGCUCCGAUCAUAUCGACAACACCUCCCCCAAUCCCCCACGACGCGGAUUCUGGCAUUUCCUGCGACAUAAUCUAACAAUUGUUCUGGCGUUUUCGACGGGUCUGGCAUGCGUUGUCUCUGUUAUCAUCUUCACAUCCUGGCUGAGCAAUCAAGUUCUACAUUGUCCGGACUGGUCUGUUGAUUGCCAUGUUUCUCGUCGCAUCCAUCUAAUUUCCGGACAAAUCGGCACAGUUCAGGGUCUAAUCACCGCCGUUUUCGCCAUCGGGCUUGCGGCGUUGGCCUAUGCAGCACAUGCAUUCUCAGAAUCGGCACUCUGGCCGCUCCUUAAUAAACAAUCUUUCACCAUCAGGGAAAUGGGCACGUACAUUGAGGCUAGUCGUGGGUCGAUUCUGUCGUCUCCUCUUGCACUACUCGCCGCUCGGAAUUUCGACUCAUCCUUGGUUAUCUUAUGUACGGUACUCAUCACUCUGGCCCCUCUUUCAGGUGCUCCACUUGUUGGUUAUGUUUAUGAUCAACGGAAUCUGUCGGUCGAAUUUAAGAGCGUCUACCAGCCCGGUGGAGGAAUCGGAGUGUUUUUUACGCAGCAGAACCCACCGGGCCCACGCCGCGACGCCGCUCAAAGUUUGUACACCUCAUGGGCCUUUAAUCUAUCAUCGGAACCAAUGCCAGAAUAUCGCAACUGGUUUAUUGACCGUCGGAGUUUGUUGGAUCGGGGUAACAUGACUGUAGGUGCAGUCAUGCUCAAGCAGAAUAUCUCCUGCAAAGGUUGGAAGGCAGAACCAACAGAUAAGAAAACGCAUCUGCGAUUCAAGACGAAAAUGGCUACGCAUAACAGGACGAAGCAUCACGAACAUAGCGAAGAAGUUCAAGUUCGGGAUCAACCAAGGCUCGCCGUUUGGACUCAUGACUACGCGUUUCACUCCCCGACGAGAACGAGCGCGACCAUCAUCUUCGCAGCGCUCAACGGCACUAUCGAAGACGGCCUGACGACGACAAAUCUCCCAGAUAAUGCCUCCAUCGUCAGUAUCUCCAGUAUAGCAUGCGAAAUCGAUAUCAACCUCAUCGACGAGACUCUCACUGUAGGAUCUGGAGCCCCAUUCCCCACAACCCCAAUAAACUCUAUCAAAAGUCUCCAAGAACCCGGAGGCAAGGAGGCAAAGAACUCAACCUGGAACGAGCUCGCGCUCUGGUUCGCCGUCGCGCCCGUAGCAAACGGUGCAAGUGUCUACGGUGCGCAGCCUAUGUACUCUUACAACCAUGACUGGAUUCCCCUGAGAUAUACAUCGGUAAACGGGGGAUCGAACGCUGGCUGGACUAUUCCAUAUAUUAAAAACUUCAUCCAAGUAUCAAUUGGCGCAUCGAUGCUGGGCGAAACGAAUAAAUUCGCCGACGGAAAGCCUAUUGUUAUGCCAUCCCUCUCUCUUACCCUGAAACUCGACCCCACGAGAACCCUACUACUUCUCAUACCCCCGCUUGUUAUCUUAGCUUUGGGAUCGCUUCUGAUUGCUUGGAAUAUCAGCUUUUACAGACGACGAGAUAUCCCGAUUAUGCGGAAAGCGUCACUGUGCGAGAUCCUGAAGAGCGCGCAGACCGAAGAUGUCAAGGCCCCUAGAACCUCCCCAGAGCGUGCCUCGGUUUUGGCACUGUGUAGUAAGGCAGACGACGGGGACCGACUUGCAGAUCGGUUGCCAUGA